UGAUUGGGAAACAGCGAGAAUCUGAAGGCUGAUGAGGGUUUUGUAUAGCUCCACCUCCUAAGUGUUUCUCUUCUUCUAGCGUGAGAGAGCGAGCGAGAGAGAGAGAGAGCGCAAUUGGAAAUUGCUCCACACACACAUGCAUAGCAUACCCGGGCAAGGUGUGCUGCUGUGCAUGUGAAUCUACUGUGGUAUCAUACAAUUAAAGAAGGGAUACACUCAUAGAAAUAGGUUAUUUACUUACUAUUUGGAAGCAGGUGAACAGAUAUUGUCCGGGCUUGUCUGUGGUUCAUACCAAGUGGAAGCGUUGAGUGGAGAUUCAUUGAGGAUGACGGCAGUUUGAUGGCAGUGGUAUACAACGUUGUUAGUAUACGCAGAGGAAUGCAGUUAGACCGGUUCAGAGUUGCAAACAGUUUGAGUUCCCUUUGAGGAAAAGGAUUGUGAAAAAAAAAAAAAAAAAAAAAAAAUCACGUGUGCGGUGCUGCAUCAAGAUUUUUUUUAGACGCACAAGAAUCAGAUCCAGUACUCAGACUUUUCAGAAAAAGAAGGGUACAAACCCAAUUGGACUUUGUUUUAGCAGGAUCUGGAUAUUUUUUAAAGGGAUAACAUUGAUCAAUGGUUAAGUGCAUCCGUGGAUUUUUUCUUCUUCAAAGGAUUGUAUUUUAUUUUAAGUGGGAGUUUUGGGCUGGUGUAGCUGAUUUAGAAGCGGUGAGGGAACGCAGCUCCUAGCCGGGGAGAAGCGCGCACAGCCGGCUUAGAGGAGCAACUGUCACCCGCAAAGACUGAAGUCUUGCCCAGGAGCCUGUGCCGAUGGAUCCAUUGCUUGGAUCACGAAUUGUGUGGACCAUCUUGCUGGUCUCUUGCUGUUCUAGGACUGUGAGAAGUAGUAUUAUCUACAAAGUUCAGGAGGAGCAGCCACCCAAUACACUGAUUGGGAGCCUAGCGGCUGACCAAGGACUGCCAGACUCUGGCCACCUCUACAAGCUUGAAAUGGGUAGCCCCUAUCUUCGCGUGGAUGGCAAAACUGGGGACAUCUUCACCACAGAGACACCCAUUGACCGAGAGACCCUGAAAGACUGUCAGAACCUCUUUGAAGGGGAACCGUGCAAACUGGAAUUUGAGGUGUCUAUCACAGACCUCAUGCAAAACCACGGCACUCGACUACUGGAAGGCAAAAUUGAGGUCUUGGACAUCAACGACAAUACCCCGCAGUUCUCUUCCCCUAUUCUUACUCUCUCCAUCCCAGAGAAUACCCUCCUAGGGGCCCUCUUUCCUAUCCCAUUGGCCACUGACAGGGACUCUGGCCGCAAUGGGAUAGCUAAUUAUGAGCUGACAGUUGGCACUGAAGGACAGGGGCUGUUCGGGCUGCAGGUGGCGGAAGAGCAAGAGGAGAAACAGCCACAGCUCAUUGUGAUGGGCAACCUGGAUCGAGAGCAGAAGGACUCAUAUGACCUGAACAUCAAGGUGGAAGAUGGUGGGAGUCCACCACGCUACAGUAGCGCCUUGCUCAGGAUCAGCAUCACUGAUGCCAACGACAACCUACCGAAAUUCGAGAAGCCACAGUACGAGGCUGAGCUGCUAGAGAACAGCCCUGUGGGACACUCUGUGCUUCAGGUAAAAGCCAAUGACGCAGACAUGGGUCCCAAUGGGGAGAUAGAUUACUCCUUCCACCAAGCCGUUGAUGUGGUGCUGAGAUUGCUGCGGCUCGAUCGCACCAGUGGUGUGAUCUCUGUGAAAGGACUUGUGGACAGGGAAGAAAUUACUACGCUCAGGUUCUAUGUGAUUGCCCGGGAUAAAGGACCUAUCCCUAAGAGCUCCAAGACCUUGGUGAUAAUACAUGUAAAGGACCAGAAUGAUAAUGCGCCCACCAUUGAGAUCCGAGGGAUUGGGCUGGUGAUUCACCAAGACGGAGUAGCCAACAUCUCUGAGGACAUGCCCAUUGGAACCCCAGUAGCCCUGGUGCAAGUCUCAGAUCGUGAUGAAGGGGAGAACGCGGUGGUCACUUGUGUGGUGGCUGGUGAUGUCCCCUUCCAGUUAAAGCCAGCUAGUGAAUCUGCAAGUGAAAAGAAAAGGAAAUACUUUCUACAGACUACCACCCCUUUGGAUUACGAACUGGUAAAGCAAUACCGGAUCGAAAUUGUGGCAGUAGAUUCCGGCAACCCAGCUCUAUCUAGCACCAACUCCUUGAAGGUCCAAGUGACAGACAUAAAUGAUAAUGUCCCUGUGUUCUCGCCCAGCCUUUUUCAGGUCGAUUUUUUUGAAAACAACAAGCCUGGGGACAGGGUAUUGGAUGUAGCGGCUACAGACGCAGAUAGUGGCACCAAUGCAGAGCUGACAUACUCCCUAAUCCUGGACCCAUCAACCAAAGGCCUCUUUGAGAUCAACGAAGACACUGGGGAAGUGAAAGCAAAAAAUCAGCUUGACCGUGAGCAUCGGGAGCGCUAUGAGUUUGUAGUGGCUGCAGCUGACAAGGGUGUCCCUAGUCUUCGAGGGACAGCUACAGUUGUAGUGAGAGUAUUGGACCGCAAUGACAAUGAUCCAAAGUUCAUGUUAAGUGGCUACAGUUUCUCUGUGUUGGAGAAUAUGCCCCCUCUUAGUCCAGUUGGCAUGGUGACAGUCAUUGACUCUGAUAAGGGUGAGAAUGCUCAUGUCCACCUUUCAGUAGAGCCAGAUAAUGGCAAAUUUGUCAUCCAAAAUGGUUCGGGCACCAUUCUCUCCAGCAUCUCUUUUGACCGUGAGAAAGAAAGCACCUACACCUUCCGCUUAAAGGCCGUAGACGGAGGGGAUCCACCUAGGUCAUCCUAUGUUGGGGUGACUAUCAAUGUCCUUGAUGAGAAUGACAAUGCCCCGUACAUCACACGGCCUUCUAAUUCCUCCUACAACCAUCUAGCACCAUUCACCAGCCCUGAUACCAGGGUGGAGAAGGUGGAGGCUGAAGACAUUGACACUGGCCCCAAUGCAGAGCUAGUCUUUAGCAUUAUAGGUGGAAAUCCCCAUGAGCUCUUCCACAUUUCCCCCUCUGAUGGAGAGAUCACUUUAGUCAAGGAAAUACUUCGGAAGCACAUUGGCCUUCAUCGACUGGUGGUCAAGGUGAGCGACAAAGGAAAGCCCCCAAGACAUACUACGGCUCUAGUGCACAUUUUUGUAAAUGAGACCAUCAGCAAUAUCACAAUGGUGGAGGCUCUGGUAGGGCAUAGUCUCUACACACCCUUAGAUACAGAUAUUGCUGGAGACCCUGAUUACAGCCAGGCUACCCAACGUAGCAACAUCCUCUAUGGUAGCCUUGCAGGGAUUGCUGGGGUCAUUGUGGUCAUUGUAGUUGUGAUGGUGAUCCGCUACUACUUGCAGAAAGAGGCCAAGAGUGGUUAUCAAGCUGGAAAAAAGGAAAACAAGGAUCUGUAUGCCCCAAAACAGGGACCUAAGGGUAACAAAGGCAAGAAGGGCAAAAAGGGUAAGGCCCCCAAACCAGCAAAGCCCCUAGAGGAGGACGAGGAAGCCAGCCUUCAAAAAGGCCUCAAGUUCAACCUGAUUAACGAUGGGGUCAACGACAGCCCUAGAAUCCACCUGCCUCUCAACUAUCCACCUGGCAGCCCUGACCUAGGGCGUCACUACCGCUCAAAUUCUCCCCUGCCCUCCAUCCAACUUCAGCCCCAGUCCCCCUCUGCCUCCAAGAAACACCAGGCUGUGCAGGACCUCCCAGCGACCAACACCUUUGUCGGGACAGGUGACAACACCUCUACAGGCUCUGACCAGUAUUCGGAUUACAGCUACAAGGCCAACCCUCCAAAAUAUAGCAACAAACAGCUGCCUCAUCGACGGGUGACAUUCUCUACAGCCAAUCAGGCACAAGACCUGCAGGACUCCUCUCAGCACAACUAUUAUGACAGUGGGCUAGAGGAGUCAGAGACCCCCAGCAGUAAGUCAUCGUCAGGACCCCGAAUUGGACCCCUGGCCCUUCCCGAGGAUCACUAUGAGCGCACCACUCCUGACGGCAGCAUUGGCGAAAUGGAACACCCCGAAAACGGUCUCAGACCUCUGCCAGACGUCGCUAUGACUGGGAACUGUACUAGGGAAUGCACUGAAUUUGGACAUUCAGAUGCCUGUUGGAUGCCGGGACAACCUUCCCCUACCCGCAAGACCAAGAACACCCCCAAACUCUCUACCUUUGUGCCUUACCAAGAGAGGGGGAACCAGGAUCGGCUGACCAAUGGGAGCCCCAGGCUUAUGGAGGAACGCAACACCAAGGUCGCUAACAUUCGCUUCCUGCCCCCAUACAGUGCCUUCUCCAGUACUAGCCAUGAGCCCAGCAAGGACUCCCCCAUGGAAGAAAUCCCUCUCACCCAGGCCUCAGAGUCUCAACAAGCCACCACCCCUACUACCCAGAAUUCCAAGCGAGAGAUCUACCUGUGAGGGAUUUUCCUGUGCCUGUUUGCUGCCGAAAUAGGAUUGACGUGUUUUAAAAAAAAGGCUUUAGAAUCCAAAAAAAAAGAAAAAAUAAUCUAAAUGAAGAAAAAUUAAGAAACGAAACUGAAGGAAUGUAAACAGAAGUUAAAUGUUAUUUGUAUGAUUUAUGGGAACACAAUUUACUGGUGAACAUUCUUAUUUUUAAUUUUUAGUCAGAACACACUUUUGUCAUUUUCAAAAAUUAACGGCAAGCCCUUUUUUUCUGUCAGGCUGCUUGGUUUUCUUACCUGUGGAGCGGUCAUUUCUUUGAAUCAAAUGGUUCAAGAAAUUCCAAAGGUACAAUCAAUGCUGUAGUGCUAUCACCAAGAUUUCAUACAACUUUCAUCUGCCUGUUAACAAGUCUUCUAAGCAGCAGGGAAUGGUCAAAUAUCGGAGAAGUCUUUAUUACUGUACAGUGCUGUAAAUACAACCUGUGGAUGGUGUUUAAACGUCUGUCAAACGCCAAUAAUUUUCUUCCGCUGUAAAGAGCUUCAAAAUAUUUGCUUUUUAAUUGUUUCACAGCAAAAUGAAAACAAAAUGACCUUAUGUAGAUUUCAGCCGUGUACAUAGAGGAAGUUACACCACAAAGCAGGAAGUAGAGAUGACCUGACAAAAAAAGAAACUAAAAUUGUGACAGUGCUGGACUGUGUUACUCCAUCUGGAUGUAUGCUACCAAACCUGGGGGAUAGACUGCUAUCUUUUUGUGACCUUCUCCCUCUAUUCAGUUAGUUUUACUGGGUUGAAAAGAUGGGUUGUGGGCAGUUAGUGUCUUUCUGUGUUCGAAGUGAAAGGGUUAGGCUGUUUUAGUUGCUACUGUGUCUGCACUGUAUUUUUUCUUGCUCUGUAUUUGCAUACCGCUCAACCUCCUGGGGAAUACUGACCUUAAUAUUUAGGGAUAUUGUCAAACAUAUGGGAUAUUUAUUUUAUAUGUAAUAACAGUUGUUUAAAUCUGUACUUGAAGUUGACUCAGUGCCACUUGUGUAUUUACAUAGUGAUUUGUUUUCUUUUUUCUUUUAAAUGUAUUAUAAUUACACAAACGUGUUUAAGAAACAUUGCCUGGUGUUUUAGGGUUAUUCACCAAUAAGUGAUGAAAAACGCCUUGAAAGCUUGGGGUAAGGAGUUUGCAGAAAUAACAAAACAAGACCAUUCACUCAAGCCUUCUGCAAGGAUUCCUUUCUAACUACUUACAGUUUCUUAAAA